AUGAGUGAAGGAGCUAAUAAACAAAAAAUUUUUAUUUCAUUAGAUGGCGGAGGUACUCGUGGAUUAAUGACAAUCCAAAUUUUAAGUCAUUUAGAAAAAGAAUUGGGAAGAAAUAUUGGAGAUUUAUGUGAUAUUAUUGCAGGUACAAGUGCUGGUGGUAUAAUAUCAUUUUGUAAAAUGAAUGGUAUUGAUAAUGAAUUAAUUAAUGAACUUUAUAAAUGUGUUGGUAAAAAAGUUACAAAAUUUAAUUGUUCAAAUUUUACAGAAUCUCAAUCAAUUGCAAAUACAAAUUUAUUAAUUGAAGAAUUAUCAAAACUUUUUUCAGGAAAUAUUAAAGAUUUUGCAAAACAUAGAAAAGGUUUUGUUUUAACAUGUCUUUCACCAACAUUAUUACCAAUUGAUUAUAGAGCUUAUAUGAUUUCAAAUUAUGAUAAUGAUAAUCGGUUCUAUAUGGAGCCAAAGAAAAUGUUAGAUAUUUCAGUGGUCGAUUCAAUUCGUGCCACUAGUGGAAUUCCUUUACUAUUCAAUGUACCAAGAUAUCAAGGUAAAAACUUUUUAGAUGGUGGUUAUUUAAAUAAUAAUCCAACACCAAUACUUUAUCAAGAGGCAAUUUCAUUAUUUGGUGGUGAGAAUUCAAAAGAUUUCAUAUUCAUUUCCAUUGGUACUGGUAGAAAACCAACAACAAAUUUUUCAAGUAAAUUGAUUGCUGGUGCAAAAUUACCAUUUAAAUAUUCAAAUACAAUUGUUAAUAAUCUGACUGGUAUUGAAUUGGAUUCACCAAUUCAUAGAAUUGUAAAUUUCAUGACUUCAUCUGGUGAAGAAUCUCAUUUACAAUUUAAAAAUGCUCAUCCAGAUUUAUCAUAUUUCAGAUUUGAUACAUAUAUCGAUAAAGAUAUUGCUGUUAAUGAUGCCUCGGACGAGACUAUUGAAUAUAUGAAAAAAUCAACAAAUGAUUAUUUAAAUUCUGAUGAAUGUAAAAAAUUAAUUUCAGAUUUAAAAAAAUUAAUAAUUUUAAAAAAAAAAAAAAAAAAAAAAAAAAAAAAUGUAUUUUAA